AAGUCAUCCGCGCCGACACCUCCUCUCUCACCACUGCCAGAUCUCCCACACUGUGGAGGAAGGAUGGAGCCGGUGACCGUGGCCACCGACGGCGGGGACAGACCCGGGGCCUCGGCGGGCUCAGGCAUGUCUGCUUCCCAGCGUCGGGCGGAGCUUCGGCGGAGAAAGCUGCUCAUGAACUCGGAGCAGCGCAUCAACCGCAUCAUGGGCUUUCACAGGCCCGGGAGCGGCGCGGAAGAGGAAAGUCAAGCAAAAUCAAAGCAGCAGGACAGUGAUAAACUGAACUCCCUCAGCAUUCCUUCCGUUUCAAAGCGAGUAGUGCUGGGUGACUCGGUCAGUCCAGGAACAACUGACCAGCAGGGUGGUGUUGUGGAGGUAAAGGGGACCCAGCUGGGAGACAAACUGGACUCUUUUAUUAAACCACCGGAGUGCAGUAAUGAUAUCAACCUUGAGCUCCGACAGCGAAACAGAGGGGACCUGACCACGGAUACUAUCCAGAGGGGUUCUCGCCAUGGCCUAGAACAGUACCUUUCCAGAUUUGAAGAAGCAAUGAAGUUACGGAAACAGUUGAUCAGUGAAAAGCCCAAUCCAGAUGAUGGAAGUGCAUCAGAAGAAUUUGACUCUUUUCGAAUAUUUAGAUUGGUGGGAUGUGCUCUUCUUGCUCUUGGUGUCAGAGCUUUUGUUUGCAAAUAUUUGUCCAUAUUUGCUCCAUUUCUUACUUUACAACUUGCGUACAUGGGACUGUACAAAUAUUUUCCCAAGAGUGAAAAGAAAAUAAAGACAACAGUAUUGACAGCAGCACUUCUAUUAUCUGGAAUUCCUGCUGAAGUGAUAAAUCGAUCAAUGGAUACCUAUAGCAAAAUGGGCGAAGUCUUCACAGAUCUCUGUGUCUACUUUUUCACUUUUAUCUUCUGUCAUGAACUGCUCGAUUACUGGGGCUCUGAAGUACCAUGAAGCCUGCAGAACUCAGAAGAAGCUUACAAAAAAACCAAUUACUCUUCUAUAUUGCAGUGUCUCUAAAAGAGGCAUAUGAGUUUACACCUUUAUAUAAUUUUAUUUCAUAGGGAUUAUAAAGCCAAUAGGAAAGGAAUGACAGGUUCCUUGAUUUGAAAAUGUUACAUUUGUAUUAGUAUUACUAUGAAAAAUAGAGUACCAAUGUCAUUAAUGAUUUUCCUUGUUUAAUUAGAAUCCCUAGUCUAUAUAUCUUUUCCCUAACUUCUCAGAUUUGUAAUUCCUCUUUUGGGGCCUGAGCUAAUGCUUUUGAGAGAGCAGAUAAAUGUGGUCUCAGCCAACCCUGAAGAUUGUUUCUUGUAUUCGUGUCAUUCUGUCCUGAAAAAUGAAACCAUCCUAAAAAUAAAAUGAAAA